AUGUUUGCGCCUGUCGAUCGACAAGAGAAGCAGAAGUUCUUCGCAGAUUUGCCAACCGACGAGUUCGAGGAUGACGCGACGCACUUUAUUGUCUCUGCGAUCGAAAAGGAAACCGAGCUCGUCCGGAAUCAUUUACGUGCUGCUGAAAACCCCGGCAAAAUUUGGAAGACGUGGAAGGUGAACAUCAAGGCGCAGCUGCAAGGCGUGCAGAAGAUGCUACGACGGCAAGAUUUGCAAAAUGUUGAAGCCGCUCGUGUCGUGCUGGAUCAAGCUGCCGAGCGGUAUCGCGUAUCGUCGAACAGGGACAACAGUGAGCUCUUCGACGAAGCGAUGCGUAAUUACAAAGAGACGGUGCUAAGAUCAAGCCAGUACAGCCAAGGCAAUGCAUUCGACUUCCAAGCAACUAACUCCGAAAGUUCAUCCAAGCACUUCUUCCGUCCACUGGACGCAAGUUUACGGCGUGUCUCCAUCGAGGAAGUCGUUACACCGAAUGGAGAUGUCUUGAUGAACCCUCAAGAAAUCUCGCUGCGAUUCAUUGAACAUUGGGGGUCUGAGAUGGGGGAUGCCAAUAGUCCGACUGGAAUGGCGCAUCCACCCGAUGACGGCAAACAGCGCCAGCUUCUUGACUUGGUCUUGCGUUUCGUCACAGCCUCCGAUCGCGAGAUGCUUGAUGCUGAGCUGACGACAGCAGACCUCGCUUGUGCGACCCGGCAUAUGAAGGCGACAUCAUCUCCAGGGAUGGACGGCUUGACUGCUGGAUUCUACCAAGUAGUACCAUACGUGUUUGGCGAUCGUCUUUAA